GCAAACGUCAUGAAGAAAAACAUGAUGCCGAACCUAUUACUAUUACUACAAACGUUAAGAAAAACGCGAUACUAAGCCUUACUACUACUACAAACAAUAACAAGCUUUUUAACGAUGCUAAACUUUAA